AUGAUGCUCGGUUCGAAACGAAUGGCGGGAGGCGAACUGAAAUUGGGGUACAUGAGCUCCAACGAUCAUCAUCGUCGUCAUCACGUUGCCACUCCUGAUCGUCGUCGCGACGCUACUAAUGUGAUGCUGAGGAAGUACAGCGAGCGGAGGUUGGCUCCGCUCGUAAAUCCCGGAGCCCAAGGGCGCGACGACGACCACCACAAGGACGGACUGUACCCGGAGGUAUGGCACGCUUGUGCAGGGCCGCUAGUGUAUGUGCCCGAGGUUGGGGAGUAUGUGUAUUAUUUCCCCCAGGGCCAUAUCCAACAGGUCCUUGCAUGCGUGAAUCGAGACAGUGAAAUCGACUUGCCUCCAUGUAAUCUGCCGGCUAAAUUGCUCUGCAAAGUUACCGACGUCCAACUAAAGGCGGAAGCCGGGACCGAUGAAGUGUUCGCACUCAUCGUUUUGCUGCCCUUGGGCGAGGAGGAUGGGGAGAAUUCAUUACUUGGGAGGAGGAAGAGCAGCUGGGGAAGUGGCGGCGGCGGGAGGUGUUUUACGAAGAAGCUGACUCCUUCCGACACCAGCAAACACGGCGGAUUCUCCGUGCCGCGCCGCCAAGCGGAAGAGUGUCUCCCACCUCUGGACAUGAGUCAGGAGCCGCCUGUGCAGGAGAUCGCGGCGAAAGAUUUGCAUGGGAACCUCUGGCGGUUUAGGCACAUUUACAGAGGUGACCCGAAGAGGCAUUUGUUGACGAGCGGUUGGAGCACGUUCGCCACCUCCAAGAGAAUAUCUCCUGGCGAUCAAUUCAUUUUCGUCAGAGGAGAGAACGGGGAGCUGCGGGUUGGAGUUCGUCGUGGAGGCAGGCUGCACCACAACAACAACAACAAGAACAUUACUACUACAGCUGCAUCUGCCGCCGCCUCUGUAAUAUCAGUCAACUGCAUGCUCCAUGGCAUCCUUGCUAACGCCUGCCACGCUGUUUCUACUGCCUCCACCUUCACCGCUUAUUAUCGCCCUUGGAGCAAUUCCAGCGAGUUCAUCGUGCCAGCGAGUCAGUACCUCAAGUCUGCUGAUAUCGACUAUUCCCCCGGGACGAGGUUCAGAAUGUCGUUCGAAGCUGAAGAAUCUGUAGAACAAAGGAUUGAGAGAUUCGAAGGAACGAUCGUUAACAGUGACAUCGUGGAUCCGAGGCAUUGGCCAGAUUCGGAAUGGGAAGGCCUAACAGUCAAAUGGGAUGCCACGUCGGAUACGUUGGUGCGCCCAGAGAGAGUUUCACAUUGGAAUAUUGAGCCCAUAGAGCCCAUCAAAAUGAAGGGGCCCACUUCCCCACUACGCUAUCUGAUCAAGAGGCCCAGGCCCACCAACUUUCUUGACAACAACUCGCCCACUGCUGCUCCUCCUGGCGCCACUGAUCAGUUUCAGGCAGCCACCGAUCACUUCACCCAGAUUGCUAAAGGAAUGUUGCGCAGCAAUCCAUUUCUUUUGCAGAACCUUGAUCUAGAGGUUUUUCGACCUCAAAAUAGUAAGAAAACUAAGACUGAGGUUUUGGAUGAAUUGAAACCCCCUAAAAUACCACAUUGGAUGAUUCACCCUCAGAUGAACUAUCCAGUACCCUUUGCUAUUAUUGGCCCUACAAGCAACAAUCCACAAGUCGAAGUAGUAGGCGACCCAAUAGUAGUAGAUCAGGAUUCGGAUCCUAAAAAAUUGACGUCCUCUCCAGUUCCAUUUCUGGAGUCUGGAGAGGAAGCAAACGAAGCUCUGCAGCUUGUUUCACCGAGUGAAAGCAAGUGCAUGCUGUUUGGAGUUAACCUCUCCGGCAAGCCAUUGGAGCUCCCUUCACCACAAAUUGUUACUUUUGGUAGCGAGACGGAAAGUCUCUCUAACCACUCUAUCGUCCCUCCUUCGACUUCUCAUUCGAGCGUCUCGGAGACGAUAUCUAAGGCCAGUACCCCUCUCGAUCAUCAUCUUCAUCAAGCUAAUUAUGGUCAGUGCAAUAACUGCACAGUUACAUCUUCUUCACCGGUUAAUCGCACCUGCAUCAAGGUAUUGAAAGAGGGAAGCCAACUAGGAAGGUUUGUUGAUCUAAUGCAAUUCAAUGGGCAUGGACAACUGAUUACUGAGCUUGACCAAAUGUUUGGCUUUCGAGGAAGCUUGAUGGAUCGAAAUAGUGGGUGGCAUGUCACCUACGGUGAUGUCGAAAGUGAUACAAAUCACAUAAUGUUUCCCAUUUUGGACCGUGAAUGGCAGCAACUCGUGAGUGUUGCUCAGAAGUUGGUCAUCUGUCCGAAAGAAGCCUAUUAA